AUAAAAUUUAAAAAAAUUUAUUUAAACCCAAUUAUAAAAAUUUUAAGUUCAUCUUUAAUUAAACUUCCAUCUCCUAAGAAUAUUUCUUUGUUUUGAAAUUUUGGAUCAAUUUUAGGAAUUUGUUUAAUAACGCAAAUCUUAUCGGGACUUUUCCUUGCAAUACACUAUGUUCCUAAUACUGAAAUAGCUUUUCAAAGGGUAGUUCAUAUUUGUCGAGAUGUAAAUAUAGGAUGAUUUAUACGGAUUAUUCAUGCUAACGGAGCUUCAUUCUUUUUUAUUUCUAUAUUUAUUCAUAUUGGGCGAGGAAUUUACUAUGAAUCCUUCUACUUAAUUCAAACGUGAAACUUAGGGGUAAUAAUCUUUUUAUUAACUAUAGCUUCAGCUUUCUUAGGAUAUGUUUUACCUUGAGGUCAAAUAUCUUUUUGAGGAGCAACAGUUAUUACGAAUUUGUUAUCAGCCAUUCCAUAUUUAGGAACCACUCUAGUUUACUGAAUUUGAGGAGGAUUUUCAGUUGAUAACGCGACACUUAAUCGAUUCUUUGUUUUUCAUUUUAUUUGCCCAUUCAUUGUUCUUGCAUUAGUAAUUCUUCAUUUAUUUUUCCUUCAUUUAAAAGGAUCUAGAAAUCCACUAGGAAUUUCUAGUAAAUCUUUCAAAAUUCCAUUUACACCUUACUUUUUAAUUAAAGAUAUUAUAGGAUUUAUAUUUUUUUUUUGUGCGUUAUUUUUUAUUACUAUAUUUUUUCCUUAUUAUUUAGGUGAUCCAGAUAAUUUUUCAAUUGCUAAUCCUAUAGUUACACCUUUACAUAUUAAACCUGAAUGAUAUUUUCUUUUUGCCUAUGCAAUUUUACGUUCAAUUCCAAAUAAAUUAGGAGGAGUAAUUGCUUUAUUAAUAUCGAUUUUAAUCUUAUUUUUUUUACCUUUAUUAAAAAAAAAUAAGAUUAAACAAGGUAGACAGUUUAAUUUAAUUAAACAAAAUCUAUUUUGAAUACUGAUUAGGAUUUUUUUUUUAUUAACAUGAAUUGGAGCAGAACCCGUUGAGGAUCCAUUUAUUAUUACAGGACAAAUCUUAACAAUUUUAUAUUUUUCUGUGAUAAUCAAAUUCCCGAGGCAGUAA